AUGGUUUCAGCUUAUGAUGAUAACCAUCACCUUGAAAACCCUGAUAAUCGAUACAACAAAACCAUUUAUCACUCCAUCAAAGCAGGAGGUGGCGGAGGUUCCAGCGGCGGUGGUGGUCGUGGCGGCGGCGGAAGUUCCAGCAGUGGUGGUGGUCGUGGCGGUGGUGGAAGUUCCAGUGGUGGUCGUGGAGGCAUCAGUGGUACUGGUUCCAGGGGAAGUGGUGGUGGUCGGGCCGGCAGUGGUAGUACUGGUUCCAGUGGAACGGGUACCGGUGGGGUUAUUGGAGGAGGAGUUAUUGGGGAUUCAGGUCGUGGAGAUGGAGGCACUAAUAAUCGUGAUGGUCGCAGUGUCAGCUCUGCUGUUGAUAAUGGUUUGCCUCUUAUUGUUGUGGUGACUGCCGUUACAACUUCUCUGAUCGUCUCGUUCUCAUCCUUCAGCUAA